AUGGUAGUCGAAACCAAUAGAUACGCUUUGCAAACCACAGUGAAUGAUUUGAGGCCCAACAGUCGUCUAAGGAGAUGGAAACCAAUAACAGGAGAUGAAAGGAGAAAGUUCUUAGGUGUUUAUUUACUGACGGGAGACAUAAAUUUUCCAAUGCUCGAAAACUACUGGAAAAAGGACAAAUUAUACUAUCAUCCACUUCUUCACGAGAUAAAUAUGUCCUACAAUAAAUUCGCGCUGAUACUGAAAUGCUGGCACUUUGUAGAUAACGAAGCACCACGUAAUGAAGGCGACCGUUUAUAUAAAAUACAGGCACUCAUCGACAAACUAACAAAAAACUGGCGAAAAAUAUUUACCUCCGGAGAGUGUAUAGUAGUCGACGAGUCGAUGGUUGAUUUUAGGGGAAGAAUAAUUUUUCGAACUUACAACCCACAGAAAUCUCUUAAGUACGAGAUAAAAAUUUAUAAAUUAUGUACUGACAGUGGUUAUACCUGGCGUUACCGCGUUUAUUCUGGUCAAGACUACCAAAUAGCUGGAUUAGAUAAACCGGGGUCAUUUGUCGUUAGUUUGUGCACAGAUUUGCUUAAAGAAGGAAGAAUCCUGACAACGGACUAUUACUACACUAGCAUAUCUUUAGCAAGGUACCUAAAAGAACAAGGUACUAAUUUGCGUGGAACAAUACGCAAAAACCGUCGAGAACUGCCCCGAGAAGUGGUUCAGCAACGUUUAGAAAAAGGCCAAAUUUCUGUGCAGCAGAACAACUUUGCGACCAUCCUAAAAUGGCAUGACAAACGGGAUGUGCUUAUGUUGUCGACGUGUCACGACCACGAAAUGCGAAUGUCAACUGGUUUUCGAACAAUUUUGAAGCCUACUAUGGUGCUGACCUACAAUAAAGGGAAGAAAGGCAUAGACUUGGCUGAUCAGCUAGCAAGUUACAAUUCGCCGGCGAGGAAAACCUCUGUUUGGUAUAAGAAAAUUGCUGAGGACCUUGUUUCUAUAAGUGUAGUGAAUGCCAUUCUGAUUUAUAACGAGUUACACCCACAGUCAAAAUUGAAGGUUCUGGAUGGUCAUCAAAUCAUUAUAAAGAAAUUACUUAAGGUGGAAACUGAGAACUUUUCAAUUUCCAGCUCUGAGAGUUCUUUGCGUCCUACAAGUCAAUAG